GUUCUAUUUCUUGUUUCGAUGAACCAAGAAAAACGUCCUUUCUUUGAUGUUCAACGUUGUUUGAAAGAACUGAAAACAACACCCAAAAAAGUACCUGUUUCUUCACCUGUUGAAGUUGCCUGUUUCUCCAGGUUAUCUGCAAGUCAUUACGUUCCUUGUAGUAGACAAGCGUUAAAGACCUUGAAGAUUCCACAAGUUCCGAGUUGCUUGAAUCAGGGUUACGAGAGCUUUAUCCCAAAAGACCAAAGCUCUUCCAUUAGUUUAUCUCCUGUACGAGAGAGCCUAGAGAAAGCUUUCGUGAACGUUGAUGAUUCCAUCCAGUUUCUCACGUUUCGUAACAAUUUGAAUAAAAUAGCUUUAACGCCAUACAACACUGAGGAGAGUUGGAAGAUGACGAGUCAUUUGGAGAACAAUUUGAUAGUGUUGAAUAUAUGUCCAUCGGAGGAACUUGAGCCGGUGACAGAUAGAGACAAAUAUUUUGCCUAUUGUGGUUACAAGUUUGAACACCUUUGUUGUGAGAGCGAUGACGUUGUUGUGGAUGCCAAUCAAGAGUUUUGUAGUAUUGUAAAAACUUCUAUUGGAAAGCAUACUUUGUUGAUAUCAGCACAAGUAGAUUGUUGGGAUGCUUAUCAUUUAUGGAGCAAAGAUAAUCGAGCAGAAUAUCCGAUUUGUCAUUAUGUUGAAUUGAAAACCAUGAAGAAAUGGAAAAAGGAGCAAGUGAUUCCUGAUUUCUAUCAAAGAAAGUAUCUUCGAUAUUGGGUUCAGUGUUUUCUUGCAGGAAUUCCACAUCUUUUUAUAGGUUAUCGAGAUGACCGAAGAAAGAUGUUGAUGGAAACGGAAUAUAUUCCAGUUGAUCGCCUUCCUGAGAUAUGUCGCGAAUCGUGGGAACCUCAUAUUUGCUUAGGGUUUAUGGAUUCUUUUUUAUACUUUGUAUUCAGUAUGCAUCGAGCCUUUCCAAGUAUCGUGAUUUUAUGGGAAUAUCAACCAUCUGCACAAAAGAUAUGGAUAAACUAUUGAGAGACAUUUUAACAAAGGAGAGAAGAGACAAAACAUCA